AUGCAGAGCAAAACAUGCCCCUUUGCACAACUCUUGAAAACAACCCUAGAAGCCCUCUAUCAUUUUAUCUUUCAACCUGUUUCCCAAUCCCCACUCGCUCCGCAUCUGCUCCGGGCGCCCUGGCCUCGCCCGCGGCCGCGGUGGGUGUUUCACACAGGAGAUGUGAUUCUUACGGGCUCCUCCCGUCCAUUGGUGAAGCUCUGGCGUUUGACCGAGGGCGGCGACGCCUUGGCCUCCGAGGCAUCCUUGAAGCUGACGGCGCCUCCGAGCUGCAUCCAGUGCUCGAAGGAUCAGAACCGGGUGGCAGUCUGUGUACAGGAUGGCACGAUCUUGCUCUUUGACCUCCGGGAGAGCCACCAAUCACCACAGGUGAUUUCCACUGCCAUGGCUGAAAGCAACUGUGUCGCCUUUCUGGAUGACAUUCGCUUGGCGGCGGGCGGAUGCAGUGGAAAGAUCUCGCUCUGGGAUUUACGCCGGAUGUCGCUGGAGGAAGAAAUCCCUGCUUACAUGGAGAAUGGCGACAGCAAGUGGGAAGGCGGUCAGGCGACGAGCUGCGCCUCCGUCUCCCAGGCGCCGAAGCGGCGCCGGUCCGGGGCAGCGAGUUCGAAGGUGACGGACGUCUUUCGAGAAAGCGUCUCCUGUUUGUGCACCAACCACGAUGGCUCUCUUUUAGCCUGCGGACGAGCUUCAGGCUCUGUGGGGCUUCUGCGGCUACCGUCGCUGCAGUGGGUGACCGCAGAUUUGCAAGCGCACACGAGCUCCUCCGCUGCUGUGAGAAGUUUGUCCUUUGAUCAGAGGUCCAAAGUCCUCCUCAGUGGAGGUGACGACCGGACGAUCUGCCUCAUGGACGCCAGUGAUUGGGUGCAGCGGAGAAGAAAGCCACCGGUGGAACGCUUUCCUGCGCACAGCAAAAGGAUCACGGCGGUGCAAGUGUGCCCGGAUCCGAGCGAGCAACUGGUGGUUUCCGCCUCCUGGGACGGUUUGGUCAAGCUCUGGGACCUUCAAACGCAGCAGCUGCGGCAGAAGUUUGACCACCGCCCCUCGCCCGUGACCGCAGUGGCCUUCGCCCCCAUCGAUGGGCGCUUUUUCGUGACCGGUGGCGGCGAUGCCAGUCUGGUGCUCUAUGCCAAGCGGUGA